CUUUCAUAGCACCAUCUGGCACUAAAAGCUCGUGAGCUGCAGGGAGGUGUACAGGCUGCCUCACUUUGCGGGAGGAUCAUGGUCAAGCUGGUUCACACGCUGGCGGAUCACGGUGAUGACGUCAGCUGCUGCGCCUUCUCAUCUUCCCUCUUAGCUACCUGCUCCUUGGACAAAACCAUUCGCCUAUACUCCCUGAGUGACUUUGCUGAACUGCCACACUCUCCCUUGAAGUUUCACACCUACGCCGUCCACUGCUGCUGUUUCUCACCGUCAGGACACGUCUUGGCAUCAUGCUCGACAGAUGGUACCACAGUGCUGUGGAGUGUGCACAGUGGACACACCCUGACUGUGCUGGAACAGCCGGGUGGCAGCCCAGUGCGUGUUUGCUGCUUUUCCCCGGACUCCGCUUACCUGGCAUCAGGGGCCGCUGAUGGAUCUGUUGUUUUGUGGAAUGCACAGUCAUACAAAUUAUAUAGGUGUGGUAGUGUCAAGGAUAGCUCCUUGGUGGCCUGCGCAUUUUCUCCUGAUGGAGGCCUCUUUGUCACUGGCUCCUCGGGUGGAGAUUUGACCCUGUGGGAUGAGAGAAUGAGGUGUCUGCACAGCGAGAAAGCCCACGACCUUGGGAUCACCUGCUGCAGCUUUUCCUCACAGCCACUUCCUGGUGGAGAACACGGUCUUCAGGUUUACCGAUUAGCAUCAUGUGGUCAAGACUGUGAAAUCAAACUCUGGCUUGUUUCUUUUACCCACGCCUUAGGCGUUGAAUUAAAAUAUAAAAGUACACUAAGUGGGCACUGUGCCCCUGUUCUGGCCUGUGCUUUCUCCCACGACGGACAGAUGCUUGUGUCAGGGUCAGUGGAUAAGUCCGUCAUCAUAUAUGAUACCGGUUCUCAGAGUGUGCUUCACACACUGACUCAGCACACCAGGUAUGUCACGACUUGUGCCUUUGCACCCAACACCCUUCUACUUGCUACUGGCUCAAUGGACAAGACAGUGAACAUUUGGCAGUUUGACCGGGAAACUCCUUGCCAAGCAGGAAGCGGGACCAAUCAGCUGGCGCGGUUAACUGAAGACUGGACAGAGGAGGACGUCUCGGCAUGGCUUCGUGCUCAAGGGUUGGAAGACCUCGUCGGUACUUUCCAGAUGAACAACAUUGAUGGGAAAGAACUAUUGCACCUCACAAAAGAAAGUCUGGCUGGUGAUUUGAGAAUUGAAUCUCUAGGGCUGCGCAGCAAAGUGCUGAGGAGUAUUGAGGAGCUCAGGACCAGGACGGAUUCCCUUGCCUCCGGGAUCCCUGACGAGUUUGUCUGUCCCAUAACUAGAGAGCUUAUGAAGGACCCUGUCAUUGCAUCAGAUGGCUAUUCCUAUGAGAGAGAAGCUAUGGAAAACUGGAUCCACAAAAAGAAACGCACGAGCCCCAUGACAAACUUGUUUCUUCCUUCGCUGGUGCUGACACCAAACAGGACUCUGAAAAUGGCCAUCAACCGAUGGCUAGAGACACAUCAGAAAUGACUCUGUUCAUACGGCAUCCGAUGCACAUUUCAGUGAUGCCCUUCAAAU